GGCAGCCUGCUCAGUUCCUGUUGCUGUGUUUCACAACCCCUGCAUCAGAACAUGCUUAUCACCAGCUUCUCAGAAGCAGCAGCCGCCGCAAGGUAUUGCAUGCCUGCUGCAGAAGCCGCUGUGCCCAUCUCUGUGGCGCAUUCCCUGCUGCCAGCACCCGGGCGCCCCUGUUCACUGGGGCAUGGCUUUUCCAGCCAAAGAAUUCCUUUGCGGCAGUGAUCCCAGCACUAGAGGUUUCAGCUCAAGCUCCCCUUGAACAGGAUCUGCCCCCUCUGAUGACCCAGCUCUCGGACUGCAGCCUGAGGGUUGCCAUUCCAGAAACAGGUGCUGGCCGAGGACUUUGUUGGUCGCUGUUGCCCAUCAGCCCUUUGGGAAGGACACGUGACAAUUCUUUGGAGCUCUCUGUGCCCCGCACUCCUUGCCAGGGUUCAGCUCAGCACUGCUGCCGUCGCCAUGGAGUUUGCAGAGCUGAUCAAGACAGCGAAGGUGGAGAACGUGCAGCUCUCAUGCCCCGGGCUCCCGCCGAUCAAGGGGACGCUGUGCAUCACCAGCCAUCACCUGCUGCUGUCGUCCCAGCCCGGGGGCCAUGGGGAGCAGGGCACGGUGGAGCUUUGGCUUCUCAUCCGGAACGUGGACGCUGUUGAGAAAAGUGUUCAGAACCUAGGCUGGUACCAAACCUCCAGGACUAACAGCUCCCACCAAGAGACCAGGAUUGCAAGUUCCUUGGGCACAAUCACACUCAAGUGCAAAGACCUGAAGGUGCUGCAGCUGGAGAUCCCGGGUAUGGAGGAAUGUCUCAACAUCGCCAGCUCCACUGAGGCCCUCUCUUCUGUGGAUUCAGUGAUGAUGAUGUACCCAUUCUUCUACAGACCCCAAAGCAUGAAGCUCAAGGAUGGAUGGCAGCUUUACCCCCUCCAACAUUACUACCAACAAAUCGCCUCAGAGACAAGUGCUUGGAGGCUGAGCUGUGUUAACGGGGAUUUCACCAUCUGCUCCAGUUACCCACUAGCUGUAAUUGUACCAGCCACAGUGGAUGAUAAUGUCUUGAAGAAGGCCGCCCGGUUCCGCCAGGGGGGACGAUUCCCUGUCCUCAGCUACUAUCACAAGAAGAAUGGGACGGUGAUGCUCCGUAGCAGCCAGCCACUGAUAGGGCCCAACAGGAAGCGCUGCCAAGAGGAUGAACUGCUGCUCAGCGCCGUCCUGGAUGGAGGGGAGCGUGGCUUCAUCAUCGACACCCGCUCAGCUCAGGCAGCCAAGCAGGCUCGGGUGAUGGGGGGCGGCACGGAGACCAAAUCCUCCUAUCCCCACUGGAAGAGGCUGCACAGGCCACUGGAGAGGGGCCGCCCGCUCCAGGAGAGUUUCAUUAAGCUGGUAGAAGCCUGCAACGACACUUCCCUCAGCAUGGACCGCUGGCUGAGCAAGCUGGAGAGCUCCAAAUGGCUGGCCCACGUCAAGGGGGCCCUGAGCACUGCCUGCCUGGCCGCCCAGUGCAUGGAGAGGGAAGAGGCCUGCGUCCUGGUGCAUGGAGCCGAGGGGACAGAUACCACCCUGCUGGUGACCGCUCUGGCCCAGGUGAUCCUAGACCCUGACUGCAGGACACUGACUGGCUUCCAGGGGCUGCUGGAACGGGAGUGGAUAGAGGCAGGACACCCGUUUCACUUCCGCUGUGCCCACUCCGCCUACUCCCACACCCGGCUCAAGCAGGAGGCUCCCAUCUUCCUCCUCUUCCUCGACUGUGUCUGGCAGCUGGGGCGCCAGUUCCCCUUCUCCCUGCAGUUUAACGAGCGCCUCCUGCUGGUGCUGUUCGAACACACGUACGCAUCUUGCUACGGGACCUUUCUGUGCAACAGCGAGAAGGAAAGGUGCUUGUGUGAAGUGAAGGAGAAAACUCACUCCCUCUGGUCCUGGCUGAACCAACCCAACGAGUUGAAGAAACACCUGAAUCCCCUGUACACAUACAAUGCCCUGGUCAUCUGGCCGUCCGUGGAGCCUCAGAGCGUGCAGCUCUGGCAAGGUUUGUUCCUCCGGUGGAUCCGAUCCUCUCAGUACUUAGAUGAGGCCUGGGCAGAAAUCCAGCGACUAGUGACAAACUGUGAAGAUGCCCCAGAGGAGAGCACAGGGCGCACACUGUGCCACUCACAACCAGAUGCUGCUUACCCACUGACAAUCACAGGGACCGCAAACGAAGGAUGAACCAGAACAUUUAUGGCUGCAACAGAACAGCUGGUGGCUCAGGCUUGGCCACAUCUCCCAUCUAUCGCUCAGACUGCUCCAGAGGCAGCGAGGACAGACGCUGCCUCUUAGGGAGUAGGGCUUUGUGCUGGUCACACGGGCCCUGUUGAAGCCAAAUACAAAUUUGGACAGCAGGCCAGGCUCUGAGCCGAACGCACCAGGAUCAGAGGACACGUGGGGCACGCACGGACCCAACCUUGUGGCACAAUGCUUUGAGCAGUUACAAAGUACAGACUAGAUUUGUUACAGGAAAAUGGUCUCUACUCAUGACUUCUCCUUUUGAGUGGGGAAUAUUCAGGGCAUGUCUACACUGCAAUAAAAAACCCACAGCACUGAG